GACUUGUUUUAUCCUUCCCUCUUUCCUGACAUGCAGCGACUCACAGUCUCACUCUGUUUGCUCUUUUUCUCGUUUUGUUAGAAGUUUUGCUCAACAACCGCUCGCCUCUGUUUCAGAAAUCUCUUGCAAGCAAUGGCGAUGGCGUCUCUGUUCUGGUCCUCCUUCGUUCUUCUUCUCUUUUCCUGUCUUCUUAGUGUCAUGGCGGCCAAACAGACCUACAUAGUACACAUGAAGCAUCACCUGAAGCCCUCAAACUUUAUUACCCACCAUGACUGGUACACUUCGAAUCUCCAAUCUGUGUCAUCCGAUUCUUCCUCCCUACUCUACACCUACAACACUGCCUACCAUGGCUUCGCCGCCUCCCUCGACCCAGACCAAGCCGAAUCCCUCCGCCGAUCUGAUUCCGUUCUGGGUGUGUACGAGGAAUCGGUUUAUAACCUCCACACCACGCGUACCCCCGAGUUUCUCGGCCUCAACACCGACUUGGGUUUGUGGGCCGGCCACCGCACUCAGAAUCUCGAUCAAGCCUCCCAAGAUGUCAUAAUCGGCGUUCUCGACACAGGCGUUUGGCCCGAGUCAAAGAGUUUCGAUGACUCGGGAAUGCCCCAAGUCCCUUCCAGAUGGCGAGGGCAGUGUGAGUCCGGCGUCGAUUUCAGCCCUUCUCUAUGCAACAGAAAACUCAUUGGCGCUCGCAGCUUCUCUAAGGGCUACCGCAUGGCCUCCGGUGGGAGAUUCAUGAAACAACCGAAGGAGAACGAGUCACCUCGGGACCAAGACGGACACGGCACCCACACCGCGAGUACGGCGGCUGGGUCUCACGUCGGCAACGCUAGCCUUCUCGGCUACGCAAGUGGUACUGCUCGUGGGAUGGCCACACGUGCCCGUGUCGCUGUGUACAAGGUCUGUUGGCAGACCGGUUGCUUUGGUUCCGACAUACUCGCCGGAAUGGAUCGUGCCAUCGCCGACGGUGUCAAUGUGCUCUCGCUUUCCCUCGGCGGCGGUUUCGCACCUUAUUACCGUGAUACCAUAGCCAUCGGAGCAUUUUCGGCUAUGGAGAUGGGAAUCUUUGUCUCUUGCUCUGCCGGGAACAGUGGACCCAGUCGUGCGUCACUGGCCAAUGUGGCUCCCUGGAUCACCACCGUUGGUGCAGGCACACUGGACCGUGAUUUCCCGGCUUUCGCUGAACUCGGGAAUGGGAAGCGGUUUGCCGGUGUAUCGCUCUACAGCGGAAGCGGGAUGGGUUCCAAGGCGGUCGGCUUGUUUUACGACAAAAGCAACAGUUCGAGUGUCCUGUGUUUGCCGGGUUCGCUCGAACCGACGCGGGUUCGCGGGAAGGUGGUGCUAUGCGACCGGGGUAUCAACGCCCGAGUAGAGAAAGGUGCGGUGGUACGCGACGCUGGAGGGUUGGGAAUGUUACUGGCGAACACGGCGGCCAAUGGAGAAGAGCUGGUGGCUGAUAGCCAUCUGAUACCAGCGGUGGCGAUUGGAAAUAAGGUGGGGGUUUUGAUCAGGGAUUACGUUGGAUCAGAUCCCAAUCCCACGGCUCUGCUGAGCUUUGGGGGGACUGUGCUGAACGUGCGGCCAUCGCCGGUCGUUGCGGCAUUCAGUUCGAGAGGGCCGAACGUCGUGACACCUCAGAUUUUGAAGCCGGACCUGAUCGGACCGGGAGUUAACAUCCUGGCCGCAUGGUCUGAGUCAGUGGGACCUACUGGUCUAGCGAAAGACACUAGGAAGACUCAGUUCAACAUUAUGUCGGGUACAUCUAUGUCGUGCCCCCACAUCAGCGGUGUUGCUGCGUUGCUGAGGGCGGCCCACUUAGAUUGGAGCCCAACUGCCAUCAAAUCGGCGCUCAUGACGACUUCCUACACCCAGGACAACACCCAAUCACCUAUCCGCGACGCUGCAGACGGUGCUCUCUCCACCCCAUGGGCCCAUGGGUCGGGACAUGUGGACCCUCUGAAAGCCCUAUCACCUGGCCUCGUCUACGACGCCACACCAGAAGACUACAUCGCAUUCCUCUGCUCCUUGGGCUACGGCAUCGAUCAAGUCCAGGCCGUCACUAAGCGGCCCAACAUCACUUGUUCGAGGAAAUUCAAGGACCCGGGUCAAUUAAACUAUCCGUCAUUCUCGGUUUUGUUUGGGAAGACAAGGGUCGUCCGAUACACCCGAGAAUUAACCAACGUUGGGGAUGCCUCUUCCACCUAUAACGUCACCGUGGGUGGGCCCCGAGGUGUCGUGGUAAAGGUAACUCCCAGUAAGCUUGUUUUCAGAGAGGUAGGAGAGAAGCUCAGAUACACCGCCACAUUCGUGGCAAGUAAGAGUGGUGUCAAUCGGGUCGGAUCCGGGCCACAAUUCGGUUGGAUCAUGUGGAGCAACGACCAACACCAAGUUCGAAGCCCAGUAUCCUACGAAUGGACGCAAUCCUGAACUAUGAUUUCUUACUUUUUCUUUUUAAAUUUUUAUUAAGCGUGACAAUAGUGAAACCUGUCUCCAACUGAUGACGGUGAUGAACGACUCAAAACCAAUAUCGUUCAAUCAUCUGUGUCGUCUGAUUAUAAUAUCAAUCAAAUGACGUGGAAGUUUGGAUGGUCAAA